AUGAGCGCGGAAGAGACGGAGGCGGCGGCCUUGGCGCUGGCGGAGGAGAGCGACAUGCGGUGUGGACGCGUCUGCGAUGCGCCCGGGCGCGAGAACGACCAAGACGCCAUCGACCUCGCCCGCUUCGCCGUCGAUGCGCACAACAAGAACGCCGACAAUCAGCUGGAGUUUGAGAAGCUUGUAAAAGUGAAGGAGCAACCGGUGGCUGGCACGCUGUACUAUUUCACAAUCGAGGCAAAGGAUGGGGAGGCCAAGAAGCUCUACGAAGCACGGGUCUAUGAGUGUCCAUGGAUGAACCUCACGGAGUUGGCGGACUUCAAGCCCGCUGAUUGCUGA